UUUUCAUUAAUGAAUUACAACUUGGAAACCACCGACGAUUAACACAAAUUAAUCCUAUUCCUGUAAUUUUUUCCCUCAAAAACAAUACAAGAUAGGUAGACUUGUAUUGGUGUAGAUAGGUUCUCAACUAAUUUCAUUAACUUCUUCAUUGAAUGCUAGAAUUUAAGGUGGAGAAGAAGCUCCUACAAAAUUAGGUCACAUGGAUACAACAACAGCUUUAAUGCUCUUAACAGCAUUAGCGGCUUAUUUAAUAUGGUUCAAAUUCAUAUCACGAUCGCUGAGUGGUCCACGUGUUUGGCCACUAUUGGGCAGCCUCCCUGGCCUCAUCCAAAACGCUAAUCGUAUGCAUGACUGGAUUUCGGACAAUCUCCGCGCGUGUGGCGGCACGUACCAGACAUGUAUCUUUGCCAUUCCAUUUCUGAGUCGGAAGCAGGGUCUCGUGACUGUCACGUGUGAACCCAAAAACGUGGAGCACAUUUUGAAGGCCAGAUUUGAUAAUUAUCCAAAGGGUCCCAAUUGGCAAUCUGCAUUCCAUGAUUUGCUUGGUGAUGGGAUCUUCAAUUCUGAUGGAGACACGUGGCGGUUCCAGCGUAAGACUGCUGCACUGGAAUUCACGACCAGGACUUUGCGCCAAGCCAUGGCUCGGUGGGUGAACCGAUCAAUAAAGCAUAGAUUUUGCCCGAUUCUUGAAACGGCUCAGCUUCAAGCCAAGAAGGUUGAUCUUCAAGACCUUUUGCUCAGGAUCACUUUCGAUAACAUAUGUGGCUUGGCUUUUGGGAAAGACCCAGAGACGCUAUCACCAGGGCUUCCCGAAAACGGCUUCGCAAUGGCGUUUGACAGAGCCACUGAAGCCACACUUCAACGCUUUAUUUUGCCCAGACCUAUAUGGCGGCUCAGAAAGUACUUUCGGCUUGGCAUGGAAGACAGCAUGAGCCAAAGCCUUCAAGACAUGGACGCUUAUCUAUCCGACAUCAUCAGUACACGUAAGCUGGAGUUGGGGAGCCGGCAGGAAGGUGGGACCCCACAUGAUGACUUGUUGUCCAGGUUUAUGAAGAAGAGAGAGUCAUACUCAGACGCAUUUCUUCAACACGUGGCACUCAACUUUAUCCUAGCUGGACGUGACACCUCAUCAGUGGCAAUGAGCUGGUUCUUCUGGUUGGUCAGUCAAAAUCCAAGAGUGGAAGAGAAAAUCCUCAUCGAAAUUUGCACCGUCCUGAUGGAGACACGUGGCAGAGACAUAUCCAAGUGGGUAGAGGAACCAUUAGUGUUUGACGAAGUUGACCAGUUGAGUUAUCUCAAGGCAGCAUUAUCUGAGACACUAAGGCUGUACCCAUCGGUCCCACAAGACUCAAAGCACGUGGUUUCCGAUGAUGUCUUGCCGACAGGAACUUUUGUUCCGGCGGGUUCAUCUGUCACAUACUCAAUCUACGCAAUGGGGCGGAUGAAAUUUAUCUGGGGUGAAGAUUCCUUGGAAUUCAAGCCAGAAAGGUGGUUAAAUUCUGAUGGUAAAAAGUUUGAGGCACAAGAUUCAUACAAGUUUGUUGCAUUUAAUGCUGGUCCAAGAAUUUGUUUGGGGAAAGAUUUGGCUUAUUUACAAAUGAAGUCGAUAGCGGCGGCAGUGUUAUUGCGCCACCGUCUGACAGUGGUGCCGGGCCACCGUGUGGAGCAGAAAAUGUCACUGACAUUGUUCAUGAAGUACGGGCUGCUGGUAAAUGUGCAGCCGAGGGAGCUGAAGCCAAUAGUGGAAAAGAUAUGCAAAGGUAAUAACAGUACUGUGGGCUUUAAUGGUAACUGCCAGGGUGUUGAAAUGGUAGCUGGAGUUGCUUAAGUCAGAGUCUUUGGUUUGAAUGGUGUUUAUUUUAAUAUGUGCAUAUAAAGGCGUUUACAAUAAUUUGUGGUAUUCAUUAUCACAUAUUUAAUUUAAUGAUGUAACUCUUAUAAAUAUGGCAAAGUCAUGAGGGUGUUUGUCAUAAUAAAUAAAUCACGGUAUUACCAGUCGCCCUUUGGAGUCCUUGGAAAAUAAAUAUAAUAUUACACCACCAUUUUUAAGGCAAAAUGCAUGGUUGGUCUACGUCAGAUACAUCUUUGUCAAAGAUUCUUAUGUGGAAUUAAACCAUUUUGAGUUGUACAAGAGACUGUCUCUUGACACAUAGGUUUUCUCUGGAACCAGUGGACCUUUGCUGCUCAAAUGUGUAACUCAAAUACUGUAACUUUUUUUUCCUCUUGGUAU